UGGCUAUUGCACCCACUUUUGAAGACUUAAAUCUCAUAUCCAGGAAUCCUAUUACCCAGUCUUCUAAGGCAAUGAAGGGAGCUUUAGAGGAAACCUGUAUCAGAACACUCUUCAUCAGAAGAGUCCAUACAUUACUGACACUGAUGGUGAUUGGUCAUGAGAGGAGAAAAAACAAGUCCACUUAGCACAAUAGGGCUUAUGGAGCUGCAAGAAUUUGAGGAUGAUUUCACCCACAGCAAGUUCCAUGGCACAGUCAAGGCUAAGAAAGGGAAAUUUAUCAUCAAUGGGAGAGCUAUCUCCAUCUUGCAGAACCAAGAUUAUUCUCCCAACAUCAAAUGGGGUGAUGCUGGUACCAAACAUGCUGUGGAGUCUACUGAUGCUAUCACCACCAUGGAGAAAUCAGAGCCCAAGUGGAGCAGGGAGCCAAAGUGUCAUUACCUCUUCACCUUCUACUGUCCCUCCAUGCUUGUGAUGGGCCUCAACUACAAAGUACGACAAUAAUGCCUCCUGCACUACCAACUGCUCAGCUACCCUUGGCCAAGGUUACCCACAACAAUUCUGUGGAGGGAAUCAUGCAUGACCACAGGCCAUGCCAUCACCCCACCCUGAAGACUGUGGAUGGCCCCUAUGAAAAAGUGUGGCAUGAUGGUCAUAGGCUGCCCAGAACAUCAUCAGUGCAUCCACAGGAACUGCCAAGGACAUGGUGCAAGGCCAUUUCAGAACUGAAUGAGAAGCUCACUGCUAUGGCCUUUUGUAUUCCUAUCCCCAGUAUGACCUGCUGCUUUGAGAAGGCUGCCAGGUACAAUGGCAUCAAGAAGGUGUUGAAGCAGAUAAAGGGCAUCCCAUGACUCUAACUGUAACACCCAUGUUUUCAUCAUUGAUGCUGGGGUUGGCAUUGCCCUCAAUGACCACUUUAUCAAACUCAUUCCUGAUACAACAAGGUGGUGGACCUCAUGGUCCACAUGGCCUCUGGACAAUACACCCAGCAAGGACAUGAGAGGAAGAGAGAAGCCUUGACUGCGGAGGAGUCCCUGUUCCAACUCAGUCUCCAACACUGAGCAUCUACCCUUACAGCUUCCAUACUAGACCCAUACAAGGAGGAAAGGGGCUCAGGGAACCCGAGUCUGUCAGAUAGCAUCAAUAAAGUUCAUUGUACCCAGAAGGAAAAAAAAAAUGAACAAAGAAGUAUGUGUUUAGAAGCCCAGCUUUGAGAGGCAGAGACAGUAACCCACAGGGUCCACUGUGUAGCCAGCCUGAUUUGCAUACAUGAUGAGCUCCGGGCCACUAGAAACUGUCUCAAACAAUAUGAUGGAUGGCACCUCAGGAAGCUACACCCAAGGUUGACCCUUGGCCUCCACAUAUACUAUAUAUAGACCAUGCAUUCACACACAUAAACAUAAAGAAUUCCAAGAGAAAAGGACCAUUUUUCUCAUUUAUAAUUGUAUCAUAUCCUGAGUACCCACUCUUUGUAUUAGCUGUUUUUGUGCAAGUUUUCUCUUUUAUUAGUUCAAAUUACUGAGAAUAUACUUUAAUAGUUGGAAACUUAAGAGUACAAGUGUGCUGGAACUCACACACAGACCAUACU